AUGGAUGCAUUGUUCGCUUUAGGCUCCAACGGAUCUGGCCAGCUCGGUAUUGGCCACAAAGAAGAUGUCUCUGUCCCGAAGCCUGUCAGCUUCCAUCCAGCGCCGCCAGAGGAGCCUGUUGUAAAGGUCGCUGCUGGAGGUAACCACACGCUGCUACUCACCAAGAGUGGGAAAGUCUACUGGAGUGGCGAUGCUGAAUCGGGAGCUUGUGGUAUAGGCCCACUUACGGAUGUGCCUGUAUUUCAGCAGAUGAAGCUCGUCAAAGAUGGUGAGCAGGAGCCUACCAACAUAUCACUAAUAGCGGCGACAUGGGAGGCGUCGUUUCUUGUGGCCAAGGAUGCAAGUGGAAAGAAUACGGAGCUGUAUAGUCUUGGACUAGGAAAUAAAGGAGAGCUGGGUCUGGGAGAGUUCAUCGUCCGCACGCCGUCGGCUACCAGAGUAAAGGACUUUCCGCCACCUGGUGCAGAGAUUCUUGAUAUCCACGCCUGCAUGGGGCAUGUUGUCGUGGCUCUGGAUAAUGGGGAUGCCUACGGAUGGGGAAACUGUCGCAAGGGCCAGGCUGGAGAACCUGGAGCUGUCAUUCACGCUCCACGCAAAAUUGAAGGCCUUGACUUUCCUGUGAAGCGAGUGGUUUGCACCAAGGAGGCUACGUGCUUCUUUGGCGAGCAGUCAACUGGCAGCAUCAAGGUCCUAGGCUCGGACAAGUGGGAUUUGAUUACAAAAGCUCCAUCGGUUGCCCCGUCUUGGGCCGAUGUAAGCGCAAGCUGGGGCAACAUUUACAUUCUUACGGCCGACAAGACCUUGGUCAGCUGGGGACGUGAUGAUCACGGCCAGUUGCCGCCGCCCAACCUUCCGGUCGUUGCUGCCAUGGCAAUUGGUAGCGAGCAUGUUGUUGUACGAACAGAAGAUGGCAACGUGUUAGCAUGGGGGUGGGGAGAACAUGGCAACUGCGGACCCAAGGUUGAAAAUAACGACGUCAAGGGUCGUUGGAAUAUCAUUGCAUCGUCAAAGUAUAUACCAGCCGAGUCGCAAAUAGCGAGUAUUGGAGCCGGCUGCGCUACUAGCUGGGUCUGCAUCACCAGUCGAUGA